AUGUCCAAGCGAUUAGACAGUGAAAAAAAGGGACAAAAAGAGCAGGAUGCACAGUCUAUUCAGCCUGAGGUGUCAUUUUUGUCAAGUCAGGUUUUGAUCCCGACGACUAUUCUGUGCUCAACAUUCGGACUCGGUUUCUACGUGUACAGAUCAUAUUUACGCAGAAUCCCCAACUCACACAAGAUACCACAGUCAUUUUUUCGUAAGAGGUCACUCUAUGGGUUCGUGACUUCAGUGGGAGAUGCUGAUAACUUUCAUUUCUAUCAUACUCCAGGAGGAAUAAUAGGUGGUUGGGGCUGGUUACGGCAUGCUCCAAAAGUCAACAGUCGAGGACUCAAAGGUCAAACUAUUCAUGUUCGGUUAUGUGGUGUUGAUGCUCCAGAAGCAGCUCAUUUUGGGAAACCCGCUCAACCAUAUUCAGCAGAGGCUCUUGAUUGGUUAAGAGGAUAUGUCUUGGGAAGACAUGUCAGAGUGAUGCCACUUGUAAACGAUCAAUAUGGCCGUACAGUGGGACAGGCCAGUUUGUGGAAGUGGAACGGCCGUCGCAAUGUCAGUAAAGAAAUGUUACGACAGGGUUGGGCUGUUGUUUAUGAAGCUAAACAGGGUGCUGAGUUCAAUGGUCAAGAAGCAGCGUUUCGCAAACUUGAGCAAGCAUCGAAAAACAGAAAAAUUGGCAUGUUCCGAAAAGGAACCAAGUCCCUGGUUACUCCAGGCGAAUACAAGAAAAAAUACAGUAAUAGUUAG